GGCCGGCACCGACAACGCUACGACGACCAUUAUCGUCUCGUUGCCGGAUGCAUUCCUUACAGGCUAAAGGAAACAGGAGAGAAUCAUCAUCAUAGUCAUGAUUUGUUAGAUAGGCUACAAGUGCUUAUGAUUUCUACCCCAAAUAGGACUGACCUUGUUUUCCCAAAGGGUGGAUGGGAGGAUGAUGAGACUGUAGCCGAAGCCGCAUGCCGCGAGGCCCUGGAGGAAGCUGGAGUGAAGGGUAUCAUCAGUGAAGCUCCACUGGGAGACUGGAUAUUCAGAAGCAAGAGCAGCGAGAACAGCAGCAGCCCACAAGGAGCUUGCAAAGGCUACAUUUUCGCGUUAGAAGUUACCGAAGAGCUCGAGUUUUGGCCUGAGCAGGCUAACCACGGGCGGCGAUGGGUAUCGAUGAGAGAUGCGUACGAGCUCUCACGUUACGAGUGGAUGCGAGAAGCUCUCGACGCGUUCCAGAAGCAGCUCUUGGGGGGUAAGAUUUUGGCUCAAUCAGCCAACAUGUCCGAGCCGUCGAGCUUGUGCAUGAUGCUGCCUGCUGCAGCCGAGCGAGCAAUCGCGUUGUGCUGAAAGUGUGCGCGCAGCUUCUUGGAAAAGCGCUUCGUCUGCCGGUGCUUUUUCUCGAAACCAGAUUUUAUAAUUUCCUCUUUUCUGCUUUCUCCGCGUCGAAGAUCAUUCUGUGGAGUUUCAGUUUUAGUGCUGAAAAAUGUUAAUUGUACCACUCCCUGUUUCUAUGGUAAACUUUGUUGUAGCACAAAUUGUGGAAUGAGCUUCUGGACUCAAAAGCAUAUGAUUCAAUUCCCAGGU